AUGCUCUCAUGCCUCCUUCUCCACACAAAUAAAAAUGUAGCCACACCAAACCUCUCUCCUUUCUGGAAAUUUACUAUCCAAUUCCUGUUCUUGAUUAAUCAUUCAAAACUAAUGGGGCUUCUCAUGCUGGCCCGCCUUGAUAUAGCGUCACGUGACUAUAAUACCAGUCACUGGACACGUCAGUCUGCGAUCUCCACUUUGGCAAUCUAUUCAGAAACCAUGAAGUUCUCUACAUUGGCGUUAGGCUUGCUCAGUUUUGUUGGCGCUGUGUUUUCCGAAGAAGUGGAGGAUUUUUUCGGCCAGGCGUCCACCGAAAACAAACUCUCCAACUUCAAAAUCGAUUACAUCAUUGAAGAAUACCCCGAUGUCGAUCCGUCUGACGUAGCCCAGUUGCUGGCUGGCGAGGAAAUCAAGUUGCUCUACACCAUAACCAACGAGGAAGAUACCGACCUUACAGUUGUUGGGCUUGGCGGCGCUUUCCGUGACCCAAUUUCGGGCGACUACAAAGUGAAUUUGACUUCCAACUCUGUCAACCCAUUGGUGAUCACACCUGGCGAAUCGGCCCAGGUGGGACAGAAAAUCAGAUUGGACAUAGACUCGGGCAGCUACUACUUGACUCCGCAGGUGUAUGUUGCGUUCCAAGAUGAGUUGAAGGCGAUCCAGGCUAGAGGCCAGUUGGCCAUUGUGCUGGAAGUGCCUGUGUCCUUCUUGGACCCGCAAUUGUUGUUCUUGGAGCUUCUCUUUGUGGCGAUUCUGGGCGGUCUUGGCUACUUUGUGUACACCACUUACUUCAAAACGUAUUUCAAGCGCACGGCCCCCACCAAGAAAGUGCCUGUUGCUGCCAAAUCGACUGGAUUCGACCCGCUGUGGGUGCCUUCUCACCACCAGGUUCCGCAGAAGAGAACAAAGUCCCGGAAGGCGUACUGA